AUGGAUAGUGUACCAGAUGAAGUAUUAUUGGAUAUCUUUAAUUAUUUUGAUGGAAAAUGCUUAAAAAAUGUUAUGCUGAUUUGCAAAAGAUGGCAUAGCUUGAUAACUCAAUCUGCUUCAACAAUGAGGAUGCUUCCAUUGAAAUAUUCCAGCAUAAUACAAUCAGAUGAGAUGUUCGUGCAUAAUUUUCAUUCUUUAAACAUCCAGCACAUCAGUAAUGUUAAUUUUAGUAAGUCUAUUUUUGAAGCAUUAGGCAAUACUGUGCAAUGUAUAGAAAUAAGUUAUUGUAUAUUAAGCCCUCGUGAUCUCAAAGUUAUUUCUAGUAGCUUCAUUAAUCUAAAUUUCCUGUCACUUACAAAAGUUAAGCUAUUCAAAGAUCCAGUAGAAUCAGAAAGUGAUAUCUUGACAAAUGAAAAAAGCCUGAUUUUGAACAAAUUAAUAUUGUUGAAAGUUGAUCAUGAAAUACUGGAUUAUAUGCAGAGUAUUCAGUCACAGAAAAUUGAAAUAAUCGAUUGCCAUGAAAAUGCUGUAAAUCAAGAAUCCUUAAUUAAUUUUAUUAGUCAUCAAAAACACCUUACAUCCUUAAACAUAGGCGAGAUGAACUACAAUAUCAAUGUAUUCUUCCACCAAAAUAUUGCUGAGUUCUGCAAGUUUAGACUUAAAAAGUUUCAUUCACUUUUCUGUUCAAAUCACUCACAUGUUCAUCAAUUUGAAGACAAUUUCAUUUCUUUUCUUGAAUCUCAGUCAAAAAAUCUUGAGAACGUGAAGAUUUCAGGAAGGUCUUUGCCACCAAGUAUAUAUAAAUUUGUAGUAAGCUCUCUAAUUAAUAUGCAUACCCUAGAAAUUGAUGCAAGCUCAGUUCCUCAAGAGAAUUCAUUCUAUGAGAAUAUGGCACGGAAUUUAAGCAUCAAGUCACUAAUAAUUUAUUCAACAGUUACAAAACACAAUUUUAAUGGCUUGAAAGGACUAUUAUCUCAUUAUCCAUGCAUUGAAAAGUUAAAUCUUAUGGAUACAGAUGAAUUUGUGGCUAAUGAUCUAUUCCAUAGCAUCGCUUACUUUUUAACAAAUUUAAAGGAACUAGUUGUGCUUAAUUUCAACAAAACUUUUGAUCCUCAAACUAAAAUUAAGCAUCUUGAAAAGUUUUCUAUUAAAAUCAUCAACAACAUUGAGCAGCUACUCAAGUUCAUAAAGAUUCAUGACAGCACAUUAAUUAAUUUAAGCAUUUGGUGGAUAACAAGAGACUUUGAGUCCAGAAUUGUGAAAGAAAUAAUCUCAUUACCAAAGUUGACUCAUUUAAAAAUUGGUGGAAGAUUCAUAGCAAAUAAAAGAAUCUAUGAAGUAGUAAGACGUGACUAUAAGAAUCUAAGAACUUUACAUUUGAUUGUCAAUAAUUAUGAUGAAGUUAAGCACUUAAAAUUCACAUUUCCUUUGGAUAAAAGUAUUUAUACAGACGUCAAGUGCUUGUAUUUUGAAGAAGAUCACGAUAGAGAGCCAUUAAACGAUUAA